AGAAGUCUGUGCACCACAGGGUGAUGAAAACAACUGCACAAUCCACCGAAUGAUGUGUGACUGGUUGCUUUCACUUUUGGGGCCUGACUGUAAUAUUUGUACCUACCUUGUUCUCAGUUGGCCAUGUGACAGAAAGGGGAGGACAAGAGGGUUCCUACGCAGAGAAAAGGAGUUCGACAGCAGAAUGCGAGGGGACAAGUCUGGAAGUGAGCACUGUUUGAAGCUGGAGCCACUGGCCUGAUACUGAGGUGGAAGCAGCAGCAGAGUAAAAGCACAGCGUUGGGAUCAGCGCCACCAUGAAUGUGACCGAAGUCUACACGGGAAUAUCCAACAUGUAUAGUGCAGGAAAUGUGUCUGGCAAUGGAACCCUGAUGAUGCCGGACUUCUCCUCACCCAUCAACCAAGCCCUUAAUGUUUUACUCGUGGUCGUCCUCUUCAUCACCAUGAUAUCCCUCGGCUGCAUGAUGGAGGUCUCCAAAAUUAAGACUCAUAUUUUAAAGCCAAAAGGAAUAGCCAUUGCCUUGCUGGCCCAGUUCUGCAUAAUGCCCCUCAGCGCUUUCUUACUGACCAAGACCCUGUCCAUGAAUCCCCCAAAAGCUAUGACUUUGCUCAUUUGUGGCUGUUGUCCAGGAGGAACCCUAUCGAACAUGUUGUCAUUGCUCUUAAAGGGUGACAUUAACCUCAGCAUCAUAAUGACCACUUUCUCCAGCAUCGCGGCCCUGGGUCUGAUGCCUUUGCUGCUCUAUAUCUUCUCCCAGGGCAUCUACGGUCUGGAAAAGGCUGUACCAUACGUCAGCAUCAUUACUGCUCUCGUGUUCACCCUGGUGCCCUGUGCUAUUGGCAUUCUGAUUAAUCACUACAAACCAAACUACACGUCGGUAAUCAUAAAGGGUGGUCUCAGCAUCUGGGCAGUCUCCACCACCGUAGUUGCUAUCCUGUCCGGCGUUUUUGUCAAAGAUGUAAUAUGGAUGAUCUUUGAGCCGGAUAUUAUCUUUGUGGCUGCGGUGAUGCCAAUGAUCGGUUACAUGCUGGGAUAUGUCAUGUCUGUCCUCUGCAGACUCAGUCCACAAUGCUGCAGAACCAUCUCCAUGGAGACAGGGUGUCAAAACAUCCAGCUGUGUUCUGCCAUCUUAAAAGUGGCCUUCCCUCCGCAGGUCAUCGGACCUUUGUUUCUCUUCCCCCUGUUGUACAUCGCAUUCCAGUGCCUUGAGGCCGUUUUUCUGGCACUGUGCUUCAGAUGUUACCAAAAAUUCAAGCCACAUGCUGAGCAUACGUUGGUUAGAGAGCCUUGACAGCAUCACAGAUGACAGCACAGCGCUACAGAGGAAUACAAAGAGGAACCUGGAAGUGCAGCCAUUCAGAGCCCUCACUGCCAUCUGCAUUUUCAUCACUCAGCCCUUUGACAGGGACUGAAAGAUCGCUGAAUUAUUUGCAACCACUAAUUGUUGAGUUAAUCAAGCCUGUUCAAUGCAAAUUACUAGUGGAGUCUGUUGAAGUAGAACAGUGAUUAUUGAAAAAGUUACAUUUUGUAUUUAUAUUGUAUUUGUUGCACAUAUCAAGUUGACUAUUUUUUUGAUUUUCAUAAAAUCACAAUCACUGAUG